AUGGAAUCUCUCUCUACUGCACCAAGGGAUGAGCGCUUUCCCCACACGAACCAGACGAGGAACUGCUGGGUUCGCUACGUUGAGUGGAAACUGUGCGAAGAGAAACACGGCGAGGAAGAGUCCGAGUGCAAAAAGUUUGGUCGUUGGGCACGCGCACUUUGCCCAGUAGACUGGAUCGAGCGGUGGGAUGAACAGCGAGCAAACGGGACGUUUCCUGGGCCCUCCGGCGAGUCCUCGUGA